CUGAAGCGUAUGUUGAAUAAUUAACGAGCAGACGAAAAACACACCACUCGUUUUCUAAAACAUUUUUUAACCAACACAGAAACGCUAUCAGCGAGGAUUUUAAAGUCUUUGUCUACUCUCUCUUAUCAGCUUUACAUGUUAUUGAGAUAACUUACCAGUAACAUGUAGUGAUACUCGUUUAUCUCUGCACAGCAGGUUUUAACCUAGUGGUGAACGGCGUUGCACUCUGAAUGUAAAGUGUUUGUGCUGUAUCAGCUUACAAUUGUUCUCUUAAAAGCCGCAUCGUUUUAAAGUUGAUUUUAGCUUGGUCUCGAUAAAUUUGCUGCCAGAGAAAUGGCAUCGUUAACAACAUCGGAGCCAGGUUUUAAUCCCGGGACCAUGGGGUUACCAGAAUCUUUAGUGCCCGCUAGCAUGUUUGCUCCAGCCCGCGGUUGCAGCGACGAUGACGGGACAGAGUGCUACGAGGACCUGGAGAUGUUCAACGGCGACACCGUGGAUCACGACUUCUUCAGUAAGUUAGCCUUGGUCAGUCCUAACGGGGAGCAGUAUGACUUGUUACUACGGCAACUGCGUGAGAGGAUGGACGAGGGCUGCGGGGAGACCAUCUAUGUUGUUGGAGUGGGUUCAGAUGGAGGAGAUUAUGGAUUAAAUGAGGGCGAUAUGGAGGCCUCGGUUGCCACAGUAAAGUCCAUGUGUGAGCAGAUAGAGGCAGAUCUCAUCCUUUUGAGGGAGCGCAAUGAGGCCGGAGGACAGGUCAGAGAUUACCUCAUUCGCCGGCGAGUAGGAGAGGCAGACUUCCUGGAAGUUAGGGUGGCUGUAGUAGGGAAUGUGGACGCAGGUAAGAGUACAUUACUGGGCGUGCUGACUCACGGAGAGCUGGAUAAUGGCAGAGGCUUCGCACGACAGAAGCUCUUCAGGCAUAAGCAUGAAAUCGAGAGCGGCCGGACCAGCAGCGUGGGCAAUGACAUCCUGGGUUUCGACCAGGACGGCCAGGUGGUCAACAAACCCGACAGCCAUGGAGGCAGCCUGGACUGGACUAAGAUCUGCGAGAAGUCUUCUAAAGUCAUCACUUUUAUUGACCUCGCUGGCCACGAGAAGUACCUUAAGACGACUGUUUUUGGAAUGACUGGGCAUCUGCCUGACUUCUGCAUGCUGAUGAUUGGAAGUAAUGCAGGUAUUGUUGGUAUGACCAAAGAGCACCUUGGCUUGGCAUUAGCCCUAAAUGUUCCUGUUUUUGUGGUGGUUACUAAGAUCGACAUGUGUCCGGCUAACAUUCUUCAAGAGACCUUGAAGCUCCUACAGAAGAUAUUAAAGUCACCGGGCUGCAGAAAGAUCCCUGUGCUAGUGCAGAACAAAGAUGAUGUCAUUGUCACAGCGUCUAACUUCAGUUCAGAGAGAAUAUGUCCCAUCUUCCAGAUCUCAAAUGUCACGGGAGAGAACAUGGACCUUCUCAAGAUGUUCCUGAACCUGCUCUCCUCCAGAAGCUCGUUCAAAGACCAUGAGCCUGCUGAGUUUCAGAUAGAUGACACUUAUUCAGUACCAGGUGUAGGCACGGUAGUGUCUGGGACUACAUUACGUGGGCUGAUUCGGUUGAAUGACACCUUGCUUCUGGGACCUGACCCAUUGGGGGCUUUCCUUUCAAUUACUGUCAAAUCCAUUCACCGCAAGAGGAUGCCUGUGAAAGAGGUCCGCGGUGGACAGACAGCUUCCUUCGCCCUGAAGAAGAUUAAGCGCUCAUCAAUAAGGAAGGGCAUGGUCAUGGUGUCACCAAGAUUAAACCCACAGGCAUAUUGGGAGUUUGAAGCCGAGAUACUAGUUUUACAUCACCCGACGACAAUCUCCCCUAGAUAUCAAGCCAUGGUGCAUUGUGGCAGCAUCAGGCAGACAGCCACUAUCCUAUCUAUGACCAGCGAUUGCUUACGCACAGGAGACAAAGCUACUGUUCAUUUCCGCUUCAUUAAAACUCCAGAGUACCUGCACCUAGACCAGAGGCUGGUCUUCAGAGAGGGGAGGACAAAGGCUGUGGGCACCAUCACCAAGUUGCUACUGUCAACCAAUAAUCAGCCGUCAAACUCCAAACCUCCACAAAUCAAGAUGCAGUCAACGAAGAAAGCAGCAACAGUUAGGAAAGAGGAUGGAGUGCCGCCAACCAAUGAGGAGAUUGCAACUACAGAAUCGCCGAUUACUCAACACAACAGCACAUCAUUACCACAACAGACAGAGAUGGAGGAAGACCCUCAAAACAAAGAGAACAAGCCAAAGUCUGGAGGAAGAAGACGAGGAGGUCAGAGGCAUAAAGGAAAACCACAAACUAACACCACAGUGACCCUCGCUGGUGCCGUCGGGGGCUGCUAAACUUUUUCAGAGUUCCCAAGCUAAACAGUCCCGUAUGCUCUCCGUGUUUUGCUCAUGCCUUUUACCCGCCCGUAUGGAUCACACCACUUCCUUAACAAGACUGAGGAGUUCACAGAACCAACAUGCACAUUUAUGUGAAUUUAACUUAUAAGACAUAGGUGUUCUUAGACUGUAUAUACCGUAGACAUUAAGAAUAUAACAUAGACAUACUGCAUGAUGGUUCUGUUGUUGCUGUAAAUGUCAACUGAGAUAUUUAAAUUCAAAGACCUUAGAAAAAAAGCAUUUUUGUUUUGCUGAAUUUGACAUUGUUUGCUAAAAGUUUGGGCUGAAUCUGCAUUACGUAGUUUACUAUUUUAAAGGGACUAUUAACAGGACUCAUCAGUUAUGUUUUAGUACUGAAGUUUUUCGUGGACCAUUAGGAUAAAAACCUUAAGUGUUCUGGCCUAUUAGACAACAGGAGUGCAAAAGUUAGUUGUCAGUUAGUGUGAAUGCAAAAUGGUAAUUACUUUUUUCACUUAAGAUGAAGGACCAUCUCUUUCUUAAUAUUGAAAGUUCACUCAAAUGUCAGUCCAUUUACAGUUCUUAUAAAUCCACAGGGUUCCUUGCAGACUUCGGGAACAUUUUAAAAGUCAAAUGCAAAUUAAGAUUACCCAGUGAAACACAAACACAAAGAUGCAUUAAAUCUAGAUUUUGGAUGCUAGAUAUUUUAGUAUAUAAAUAUGAAAUUCAAAUAUAUCCUUUAUGAAUACUACAAAACGGAGUGCCAGAAGCUAGAAUGUUUUUGAAUGUAGAUUUAAAAUUAUUUUAAAUGCAUAUUUUAAGAGAUUUUUCUCCCAGAACACAAACCCUUGCUGUAACUUAUUUCUAUUGGUUUGUAUUGUUUGCCAAGCUUCAGUAAUCACAUGUUGAGAAACCUGGACCAUUGUCUCUGUUUACAUGUUGUGAAUCUCUGCCACAACUAACAUAAUACUGAAAAUAAACUGAUGUUGACGAUUUCAA